UCAUCUUUCUGCGUUGGCCCUCCGCCCCUCUUCCUCAGUGUGCGUGGGUCGCUGGCUCAUGUCUCUGUGGAUGGGCAGCGCUGUGGUCCAUGAGCUGUACACGACAGCCAGCGGCCUGUACGUCUGCUGGGUGUCCGUCCGGGCCGCCACCGUGCUGCUGUCCUGGAUGCCGCAGGGCAGGACGGUCAUCAUGCUCAAAGUCCAAGAGUGGACGCUCAUGAUCUUUAAGACGGUGGUGGUGGCCGUGAUGUUAGCCGGGGUCAUCCCCCUGCUGCUGGGCCUGCUGUUUGACCUGGUCAUCGUUGCUCCUCUCAGAGUCCCAAUGGACCAGACGCCUCUCUUCUACCCUUGGCAGGACUGGGCCCUGGGAGUCCUUCAUGCAAAAAUCAUCGCUGCCAUAACACUGAUGGGCCCCCAGUGGCGGCUCAAAGCGGUCAUAGAGCAGGUGUACGCCAACGGCAUCAGAAACAUCGACCUUCACUUCAUCGUGCGGCGGUUGGCCGCCCCCGUCAUUUGCCUCCUGCUGCUGUUGCUCUGUGUUCCCUACACCGUCUCUAAAGGCCUCACACCACUGCUGGGAGUGCAGCCGAAGAUGCAGAUACUAGUGGAGAGGAAGAUCUAUCCGUUUCUGCUGAUGGUGGUCAUACUGCUGGCCUUUCUGUCCUUUCAGAUUCGCCAGUUCAAACGACUUUAUGAACACAUCAAAAACGACAAAUACCUGGUAGGACAGCGACUGGUGAACUACGAGCGGAAGAUGGGCCGGAGCUCCUCCACCCCUCACGCCACCUCCUCAUAAGUCUGACACUGGUGUGGGGUGACCUGGAGCGGCAGCUCCUCGCCUCCCGUCUUCAAAAACUGCAUAUAAAACCUCUGACUGCAGCCUCAUCCCUUUCUUCUCCAGCAAUCUCCCACAGUAGCGCUCGGGGGAAGCAAAGCCGAUGACAAGCGAAGGCAAAAACUCUGCCUCCGAAGUGUUCGUGUGAGGCUGAAAAUCGAAAAUCUUUUUGAAAAAGCUUGUUUAGCGCUCAGGUUGAGUCAGACUUUAUGGGAUUACAAAAUCCACUCGCCGGUCCUUCCGUUGUAGUCGCCUGCUCAGGUGGGGAUGUUUUUUUUAUUUCCUGGAAGUUUGCUUCAAAAUUCAGGUCAGAUGAGCAUAGCUUUUACCUCAGAUUGAGCUUCCUUUGAACAUAUUGUAGAAUAAACAUGUGCACCAUUA